AUGUCAGAAUCUCAGAAUCUCCGAAUCUCAGGAUCUCAGAAACUCAGAAUCUCAGAAUCUAAGAAUCACAGAAUCUCAGAAUCUCAGAAUUUUCAAACCUCAGAUGUUCAGAAUCUCAAAAUCCUAAAACUCAAAAAUCUCAGAAUCUCAGAAUCUCAGAAUCUCAGAAUCUCAGAAUCUCAGAUUCUCAGAAUCUCAGAAUCUCAGAAUCUUAGAUUCACAGAAUCUCCGAAUCUCAGAAUCUCAGAACUCCAGAUGUUUGCUUUUUCUCAAAUUACUCAGAUUUUCUGA